CCUUGAUUGGCUGAAUUCGCCUAUAAAUAUGAAGAUCGAGGCGCACACACUUGCAAGUACGUAGCAACACAAGCCUAGCCAUGACAAUGAGGACGCGCCCCUCCUCGUCCUCUCUUCUCGUAGCACCGCUGCUGCUUAUGCUUCUUCCAGCGCUUGCUCUUGCUGCAGGGAGGCACACCUUGAUCACUAGAGACCCUCUAUACGGCCCACAGGCUAACCCAAAUCCAGAACCACUACCAGGAAAACAACCAAAUCCAAAUCCUCAACCAUUGCCAGACCCACAACCACUGCCAGGACCACGACCAGACCCAAACCCGCAACCACUACCCGAUCCUAAACCUAAUCCAAACCCACAACCACUGCCUGAGCCACAACCUGAUCCAAAUGCUCAACCAUUACCAGGACCACACCCUGACCCAAAUCCACAACCAUUGCCAGGCCAAAACCUGCAACGGUUGAUGAACCCACGGCCAAACCCAAACCCGCAGCUACUACCAGACCCACGGCCAAACCCAAACCCUCGUCCAUUACCAGGACCGCAGCCUGAUCCAAAUCCACAACCAUUACCAGACCCAAACCCAAAACCAUUGCCGGACCCACAACCAAACCCAAACCCUCAGCCAUUACCAGGACCGCAGCCUGAUCCAAACCCAAAACCAUUUCCAGACCCAAACCCGAAACCAUUGCCGAACCCACAGCCAAACCCAAACCCUCAACCAUUACCAGGACCUCAGCCUAAUCCAAACCCACAACCAUUACCAGACCCAAACCCAAAACCAUUGCCGGACCCACAACCAAACCCAAACCCUCAGCCAUUACCAGGACCGCAGCCUGAUCCAAACCCAAAACCAUUUCCAGACCCAAACCCGAAACCAUUGCCGAACCCACAGCCAAACCCAAACCCUCAACCAUUACCAGGACCUCAGCCUAAUCCAAACCCACAACCAUUACCAGACCCAAACCCAAAACCAUUGCCGGACCCACAACCAAACCCAAACCCUCAGCCAUUACCAGGACCGCAGCCUGAUCCAAACCCAAAACCAUUUCCAGACCCAAACCCGAAACCAUUGCCGAACCCACAGCCAAACCCAAACCCUCAACCAUUACCAGGACCUCAGCCUAAUCCAAACCCACAACCAUUACCAGACCCAAACCCAAAACCAUUGCCGGACCCACAACCAAACCCAAACCCUCAGCCAUUACCAGGACCGCAGCCUGAUCCAAACCCAAAACCAUUUCCAGACCCAAACCCGAAACCAUUGCCGAACCCACAGCCAAACCCAAACCCUCAACCAUUACCAGGACCUCAGCCUAAUCCAAACCCACAACCAUUACCAGACCCAAACCCAAAACCAUUGCCGGACCCACAACCAAACCCAAACCCUCAGCCAUUACCAGGACCGCAGCCUGAUCCAAACCCACAACCAUUACCAGACCCAAACCCACAACCACUGCCAGGCCCACUGCCGGACCCGAAUGCACAACCAAAACCACCACUUGGGACACAAGUAGAAAAGGAAAAUGUGGAAGCACACAUCCAAGAGGAGCCGCUGGGAUGAGAUGUUCGAGUACAUCAACCGCGCCAGAUAUAGUAUACUCGUGACUUAUAUUGCCUGCUAGAUUAAAUAAGUGGUGUGUUGUAACCCACCACCAUCAAGUCAUUCUGUGCUAUAUAAUGUCAAGAUCAAUCAAGAUUAGGGUAUGAUGCCCAUGUAAAUCUUGUGAUUGUUCUGACUUACUUUUCUGGCUUGUAUGGAUGAUAAUUGUAUGUGUGUGCUGGUUGUACUAUGAUUGUGUGAUGAUAUAUAUAUUAAAAUUUCUACUU